AUGUGUCAUACCCACUUUGUCCUCACUACUAGGCCACAGGGACCUGCCCAAGCCAGCACUGCAUUUGUGUUUGUGAAACGGGUGCGGGAGCCACCAGGAGCCUCAGCCCAGGUGCAGGAGGAGAGUGAGCUCCUGCAGGAGGAGCUGUCCCGGCUGGAGGACCUGCUGGCACAGGUGGGCACCGAGCGGGACGAGCUGGCCAGCAGGUACCACAUGGUCAGCGAGCGGCUGCAGGCCCAGCUGCAGACCACCGAGGCCCGGCUGCGGAGGUCAGAGCUGGAGCACAGCGUGGACCUGGAAGAGGCACUGGGCCGAUUGGAGGCUGCAGAGCAGAGGAGCACCGGCCUCUCCCAGGUGAACACGCUUCUGAGGGAACAGCUGGACCACAUGAAGAAGGCCAACGACGCACUGGCUGAGGAGCUGGCCCGGACGACGGGCAGCGUGCUCCACCUGAGGGGCGAGCUGGAGCUGAGGGAGGCUCAGCGCUGGACGGAGAGACAGACCCGGCGUUCACACCUUGGGGUGCAGCCCCAGGACUUCCUCCUCCUGUGGAGACAGGUGACAGCGCUCCGAACACACGUGGCUGAGCUUCGAUCUGCCUCUGAGAGGAGUCUCACUGACAUGCAAGCAGAGGCAGCCAGGACAGCCCGGCGCCUGCACACGGCCUGCCUGAACCUCAACUCCAACCUGCAGCUGACGGCCAGCAGCUCGGCAGGUGCCCUGGAGCGGCAGGCCUUGCAGGGGGCUUGGCUGGAGCAGCAGCUGCGGGACAAGGUGCGGGAGAUGCUGCAGCUGCAGGGCCGCUGGGACACGGAGAAGGUGGCACUGCAGGCCAGACUCUCCGAGCAGAAAUUGCUGGUGGAGAAGCUCACAGAGCAAAACUCGGAGAAGGAAAGAACCAUUUCUUCCCUCAGAAUGGAUGUUCAGAGACUAGUGCGUGGGGCUGGGGACAUGGUUGGGUGUGGGAGCUCUGGGGCCGGAGUGGCCCAGGCAGACUCGAGGUGUCCAGAGCUGGCACAGAGCAGCAGCACUGACAGGGAGAAGGCACAGAGACCACUGAGGAGCCCUCCACGCACCUCGUCCCUUCACUGGGGUGCAUCUCCACCACGGGCCCACUCCCGGGCCAGCCCAGACCCUGCGCUGCGGGCUGUGCGGGCAGCUAUUGAGAGGAGGCGGCAGCAGGAACAGGAGCUGCGUCUACAGCUGAAGUCCUCCCAGGCGGUGGCGGCCAGGCUCCGGGAGCAGCUGUCAGAGAGGCAGCGGGAGCUGCGAGCCUCCCGGAGGCUCCUGCAGGAGCGAGAGCAGGAGCGGGGGGACCUCCUGGACAGGCUGGAGGCACAGAGCCAGAAGGCACAGCACUGCAGGGCAGCCAGCGAGCUCCUGGGAAGAGAGAAGAAGGCUCUGGAGUUGGAGGUGGAGGAGCUAAGGGGCAAGAUGGAUGUUUGGGACAUGGACAAGCAGAAGCGGGAGGCCGAGAACGCUGAGCUGCAGAGAAGCCUCCUGCUCUGGACACAGCAGAAGGAGGAGCUGGAGCAGCAGGGCGAGCGGGGCCGCAGGGAGCUGCAGACCAGUCAAGGGCGCCUGGAGCAGCUGGAGGAGAAGGUCUCAGGGCUCAAGAAGGAGCUGGUGUCGGCCCGGGAGGCACUGAAUGCAGCCCGGCUACAGAGGGACGUUCUGGAGAGUGAGAGGGAGGCCCUGCAUGGCACGCUGGCUCGGGCUGAGUCCAGCAAUGCUGACCUGGAAUUGCUUGUGACCCGACUGAAGUCAGAGGGGGUGCAGCAAAGGGACUCCCUGGCCAAGAUGGCCACCCUGAUGGAGGGCCUGGCGAAGGACAAAGGCAGCCUGACCCACCAGGUCCUGCAGCUGCAACAGGAGGGGGACCAGCUGCGGGAGCAGGAGCAAGUGCUGAGGCAGGAGCGGGCAGACGCCAGGGAGCGGUUGGCAUUGGCAGAGCAGCAGCUGGAGCAGCUGGAGGGGCAGGCAGACCGGCUCCAGCGUGAAAGAGCCCAAUUGCAGGAGCAGGUGGCCCAGGUCACAUGCAAGAAACAGGCCCUGGAGGAGCAGCUGGCCCAGAGCCUGAGGGACCAGGAGGCGCAGAUGGACACUCUCCGGACGGCCCUUCAGGAGAAGGAGGCUUUGUUGGAGGAGCGAGCUCAGCUGCUGGCCAAGCAGGAGGCCCUGGAGAGGCAGGGCCGGCUCACGGCUAAGGAGGCAGCUGAUCUCAGGGCCGAGCGGGAUGUGCUGGAGAGCAGCCUCUUUGAGGCUCAACAGCUGGCAGAGCAGCUGCAGGCACAGCAAGAACAUCUGGAGGGAGAGGCCCAGAGCGCCCGACAGGCCCGGCAGGCCCUGCAAGUGGAAUUGGAGCAACUGAAAGGCGCCUGGGAGGUCCAGGAGACGAAGCUGGAGUGGGACAUUGGGCAGCUGCGGCGGCAGAUGGCGCAGCAGGAGCGGGAAGCACAGCUGGCCCUGGAGAGCCAGGCACUGGCCCACUGUGAGGACCUCGCACGGCUCCAGAGGGAGAAGGAGACCCUCAGUCUGUCUCUGACGGAGGAGAAGAAGGUGGCAGCAUGCAGGUUGGAACAGGAGAAGGAGCUGGUGGCAAAAAGUGCAGCCAAGAGGGAGGCUCUGAAGGAGGAAAUUCAGAGCCUGAAGCAUGAGCGGGAUGAGAGCCUCCUCCAACUAGAACAUGAGAUGCAACAGGCCCUGUCUCUGAAAGAAGCAGAAAGGAGCCUGCUGCAGCAGGAGCUCUCCCGGGCCACUCGGGAGCUGAAGCAGGUGCAGCAGGAGGCCCACGGCCAGCAGGAGCAAGCAGAGGCCACAGUCAGAGCCACGGCGGCGGAGCUGAAGGCCCUGCAGGCCCAGUUUGAGGAGGCCAUCUCGGCCCAUCAGAGAGAGACCUCGGCUUUGAACCACAGUCUCCGGAAGAUGGCGGCAGAGCGGAGCAACGCGGGCAGAGAGGCCGAGCAGCUGUGGGCACAGCUGGGGGAGGCCCAGGAGGGGCUGGCUGUGCUUCGCAGGGAGCUGCAGGGCAGUGAGGACAGUCUCGAGGGGCUGCGCAGGGAGGUCGUGGAUGCCCACCGUGCACUGGGGGACGAGGCCCUCGAGAAGGACAUGCUGCAGCGUUCCAACGCCGAGCUGCGGGCCGCAGUGCGCAAGGCAGAGCAGGAGAAGGCCAGUUUUCAGCGGGCCAAGGAAGAAAAGGAGCAAAAGGUGCUGGUCCUGGACGAGGCCCGAGCCGCAGCCCAGAAGGAGGCUGGCAAGCUGAGGGCCAGCCUGCAGGAGGCAGAGCAGGCCCAGUUAGACACCUGCCGGGAGCUCCGGGAGCUCCGCAGUCAGGUGAAGAUGCUGGAGACCGAGAACCAGAGGAAAAGCCAAGAGGUGCGCCAGCUGCAGGCCCAGUGUGCACAGGACUCGCAGCGGCAGCAGCAGAGCUGGCAAGAGGCCCUGGAGCUGCAGAGGCAGGCGGCUGAGGUGGACGCUGCCCGGGAAGACGCCCAGAAGGAGGUCCUGAGGCUGCAGCAGAAGCUGGCGGAAGUGAAGGAGCGCCUCUGUGAGAGCCACAGGGCUGAACAGAGCCUCCGGGCCGAGCUGCACAGGGCCACCAUGAAGCUGCAGCAGGCCAGCAGUGUGACUGACAGCCUCCAGGCGCGCCUGGACAGGGCCUGCCACCGCAUCCAUAGCCUGGAGCAGGAGCUGGCCCGGGCAGAGGGUGCCAGGCGGGAUGCACAGGGCCAGCUGAGCCGGCUCUGGUCCACACUCUGCUGCGAGCUGGGGCUCCGAGCACAGGGCCCCUCUGCCUCCCCUAAACGGCCCGGCUCCCCCACCAAAGGUUUGGACGGUUCUCAGGGUCACUCUGGGCGGCAUAGUGCCAGCCCCCCUGCCAGGUCCCGCUCACCACUUCGAUGGCCUUCACCCGCACCAGGACAGCAGGGCCCAGACAUGGACGUGGCCUCUGUGCAGGACGCCCUGAGGGACUUCAUGCAGAAGCUGCGGGAUGCCCAGCAGGAGCGGGACAACUGGCGCGCCCAGGUUCGCCACCUGAGCAGCUGGCUGAGAGAGGUGGAGAGGGAGCGUGCCCGAGCCCAGAGCCACGUGGGGCAGCUGAAGACAGCGCUGGCCCAGGCGGAGGAAGGCUGGCGCCAGGCAGAGAGGGAGGCGGGCAGUGCCCAGGCCACCAGGGUCCUGCAGAAGGAGGUGCUUCAGAGGCUGGAGAGGGAGCAUCUGGCGAGUGUGCGGACAGCAGGCCAGGAGAAGAGGCGGCUCCAGGAGCAACUGGACGCACUGCACCGGGCCCUGCAUGAGAGCAGGAGGCACAGCCAGAGCCUGGCCCAGAGGAGUCGGUGGCUGGAGGAGCAGGUCGCCAGCCUGGAGCACAGGUGCCAGGAGGUCGAGAGGGCACAGGGGCCCCUGCGGCAGGUGGCCAGGAAGGAGCAGCUGGACUAGGAAAUGCAACGGCAGCAACAUGCCCACCUCAGCCAGGCCUUCCCUGCCAAGAAGUGAGCCCUGCUGCCAACCCUGCCACAGCCCUGACCAGCCGGAUGCAGAACCAUGAAUUGGAAAACCAAUGCUCAUGCGGCUCAGUGUGGGCCCGGUGCCGGCAGAGGGGCUCAGGGCGCAGGCAGCGGAGCCUACACUCACCUCCAGGAGUCCCAUGUCAGCAGGCACCCUCUGGCUCCCCGACCACUGAGCACCCCCACCCUGUGACGUGGGCUUCUGCUGCACACCUCCUCCUCCAGCCACUGUCUCCACCUGGACCUGCCAUCGGGACAGACCCCGCCAAGCCAGUUUCCUUGGCCACGGGCUGCAUCCCCUGCCCUCAGCUCUGUAAACACGGGGAAACACGUGGAAAACAUUUCCACCAAAUGGAGCCAAAAACAGUGUCCUUCGAGGCCCGGUGCCCACCUCCCACGCCCAGAGGCUGUGGAACCUUCUGUAUCCAGGAACUGCAGGUCUCUCACGAUGGCAGGUGGCUGGAAAUGACUCAGUCGGUCCCUGUGACUCACUGGCCUGAGAGGCACGGGAGCAGGAACUUAAAAGUCAGAGUUGCAGAACCUCUCACUUUCCCAGUCUGUGAACCUGGGCCAGGGACCCUCUGAAUCCAGCCCCAUUUCUAUGGAAACAAGGCAGCCAUCUUCACCUGUAGGCAUUUUUAUUCGUUUCCCCCAUUUAUAUCAGGUCAGUGAUUUAUUCUCCUCUCCAAAUGGCCUCCUUUGUUCUAUGACACCAGCCAGCCCAGGACUCACGGGACCCAAGGUUCUUGUGAGUUCAGCUCCUCCCAGGGAACCCCUGUCAUACUCUGGAGGACAAGCAUGGGGGCAGGAAGGGCCCAAAGCUCCCGGAAGCCACCCCAUCUCGGCCACUGUAAGCUGUGGCCCAGAGAGACGGCCGUCUGUCUCAUUCGAGAUGGAUCCAGGCUUGUUUUCACCUGGUGGUCCUUUGGAGAGCCUGUCUGGGAUUGCACAGCUGGAGACGGGCAUCCCUGCCAUCCCCCAAGGAGGCGGGCCAUGCUGGCCUCACCCACCCUCAUCUGCCGGGCAAAGCUUCGGGCACAGGGUCCUGUUGACUGGAGGACAGAGCUGGGCCAGGUAGACUGAGCAAAGUGAGGCCCAGUGUUGGGCACUGGACCCUGGCCUCACACAGCACCCUGGAGGUGAGGUGCAGGGAGGAGGGUGAGGUACACCCAUCCUGGUAUACAAGGUCAAGGCAGAACUGCUGCCCUCCCCACAGUCGAAGGGAUAGGGCAGAAAAGCGACCCGUCUCCCACCCAUCCCUGCUCCCUGGAACUCGGGCCAAGGCCCCUGGGUGCUUCUCCCCUGCUAUCCCACAUGGAGGCCUGUGGCCUGUAAGAGGCCCGGCAGGUCCCAGCAUCCCUUUAGGAGUUGCCAGCCUUGCAGGGCAGUCCCACCUCUGCUCCUCUCCAGCUGUGCAAUCCCAGACAGGCUCUCUAGGCCUCGGGGACCACCUGGUCUGGGGCACCAACCUUCUCGGGUGUCAAAGGACACACCUGAAGCCCACAGGGGGAGGAGGACUCAUCCCCUGAGAGAGCAGGAGAGCCAUGGGGACAGGGCGAUCCUGAAGCACUGGGGCCAGAAGGAAGGAAGUGACACCCUAAGACAGAGAGGCAGGGGAGGAUGACCAAGCACCCGAGGAGACAGGCUCCACCUCCAACACACCAGCUUUUGAGGGAGCAAAGGCCCCAUCUUGGCCACAGCUGGGGAGGAAAUGAGCCGCGGGACCCAGGAGUGCAGCUGGGCCAGGGCAAUUGGUAUCUGGGCCUCUUGACAUUAAUAUUCUCACCUGUGGAUGCUAAAGUGAGGCCAGAGGGCUCCCUCUCCCAGCACAUGCAUGCUCAGAGCCUAUGGGUUAGACUGUAUCUGCUACUUUUAACACUCUUUUUAAAAUGUUUACUUGAGCCCUGGCCAGUGUUCUCAGUGGUUAGAGCGUCGGCCCAAGCACCAAAGCACCAAGGGCCUUGGGUUUGAUUCCUGGUCAAGAGCACGUUGCUGGGUUGCAGG